UGAAAUACCUAAAAGAAAAAAAGUAAAAGAAGUUUGAGAAAUCAUAUUCAUGUAUGUAUGUUUACAUACGUUAAUUACCUAAAAAACUCUUCGAUCAAUUUGUGUUUUCUUUUUUCGAUAUAAAUGGUAUAAGUUCUUGCUGUUCUAACAAACCCUCUCUCCCCUGAAACCGAAAACAACACACUUUCUGCGCCUUCCUUCUUUCCUCUGCUUUAAUGGAAGACGAUGACGAGUUCGGAGAUCUCUACACCGACGUCUUACGGCCGUUGAUGACCCCUUCGUUUCAAUCCCAAGCUCAGCAGCAGCACCAUCAUCAAUCUGGCCUUCCUUCCAAGGAAUCCCCCAAAGUUACUUCUGCAUCGGCGACGUCGUUUCUUGGCCGCCCGAUCGAUCUGAACGUCACCAGCGAUGAUGAACUUGGCGGCGGGGAUGAGUUGGUCGGAGCUCCGAAUUCCCGUCCCGCGCCUCAAAAUCGAACCCUAGCAUCCUCCUCGUCGUCUCAACCUGGCGUCCAUUUCCGGCCCGAUGCGAGGAACUUCGAUUUGAAUGAGGAAUUCGGUCAAGAAUCGGGUAAUUCGGAGAGUUUUGUUGGGGCGGAGUCGGAUUCGCAAGCUAGGGUUUUAAGUGCGGCGGAUGGGAAGGCAAGGUUGCAGGGGAACGGCGCCGGGACUGGGGGCUCCGAUUUUAUGGACACCGAGCCUGAAAUUGACAUCGUGAUCAAAGAGAGGGACGAAAAAGAUGACGACUUUGUGGUUAAAGAUGAGAAUUUUUCCGAUAAGACCAAAGCUAUCGAUAAUUUUAGUGUGGGGAAUGGUGCGGUUAAUGGAUUGGGGUUGGACACGGAAAUCCCUGGACUUUCCAUUCCUGGAGUUUCUGGUGUGGAAAGCCGAGCUGAUCCCGCUGCGGAUGAUGAUUGGGACAGUGAUAGUGAUGAUGACUUGCAAAUUGUGUUGAAUGAUAAUACUCAUGGCCCAAUGGGGAUGGAGAGAAUUGCCGGAGGGGCUAUGGGUGAUGAAGAUGAUGAUGAUGAUGGGGACCCAUUGGUGAUUGUUGCAGACAACCAUGACCCAGGACAUCAGCCCAUGAUAAUGGAGGAGCAAGAAUGGGUAGGAGAGGAUGCCGGACCCGGUGCUGAUGGGGAAAAGAAGGAGGCAGGCGAAGCCGGAAAAGUAAAUGGAGUGGCAGUGCCAAGUGCACCAAAGGUUGGGUACGGCCCUCAUGGGUACCAUCAUCCAUUUCAUUCGCAGUUCAAGUAUGUGAGACCUGGUGCAUCCCCAAUUCCUGGUGCACCUCCUGCUGGUCCUGGAGUUCCCGGUCAAGUUCGUCCACCCAUUGGCAUGCCUCCUGCUGCCGGACGUGGUAGAGGUGAUUGGCGGCCUCCAGGAAUGAAAGGUUCUCCUGCAGUGCAGAAAGGUUUCUAUCAAGGCUAUGGAGUGCCUGUUUGGGGAACUGGUCGUGGAUUGGAUUUUACUCUUCCAUCACACAAGACCAUAUUUGAAGUUGACAUUGAAAGUUUUGAGGAGAAGCCUUGGAGAAUUAAUGGUGUGGAUGUAUCAGACUUUUUCAAUUUUGGAUUGACCGAAGAAAGUUGGAAAGACUACUGCAAACAGCUUGAGCAACUUCGAGCUGGAACAACAAUGCCUGGGAAAAUUCGUGUGUAUGAAAGUGGUAGAGCUGAGCAGGAGUAUGAUCCAGAUCUUCCGCCUGAGCUUGCUGCAGCAGUAGUUCAGGACAAUCUAGCUGACGGUGUGAAGUUUGGGAAGUCAGAUCCUGGUCUAGAUGACUUAGCAAGAGGAACUGCUCGUGUGAGACCACCACUGCCAACUGGAAGACCAAUUCAAGUGGAGACAGGGUAUGGCGAACGUCUUCCAUCUAUUGACACUCGUAAACCGCGAAUUAGCGAUUUAGAUGUAAUUAUUGAGAUUGUGUGCCAAGGUUCAUUAGAUGAUGAUACCAAAAGAGGGGAUGAGAUGAUAGACCAAGCUGAAACUGAUUCUGUUGGGGAGGACGUUCCAGAUGUUAAUGAGUUGGAAGAACCGCAAGAAGAUGCCGAACAUUUGAGUCGUUCUCCUCAUGCUUAUGACAGUCGCAAGAGGGAAGUUGAUGGGAGAAGGGUGCCGUCUGUUCGUAAUAAUGAGGCUGAAGGAGAUGGCACCUCUGCUUUCAAUCGAGGUGCAUCACCAGGAUAUCGUAGUGACUCUAGAGAACAAUCCCCAGAUUAUCCUGAGAGGACUUCUGCUAGCUCUCAUGAAGACAGGCGAACGAAGGGGAGAGCGCAUUCUGGAUCGCCCAGGGCUACCAUAAAGGAAAGAACGACCGGCAAUCGGUCACCUGGUAUUAAAGACUCACCAGUUGGAAGUAUGGACGGUAGAAGUAGUCCUCUUGCAUCAUCUCCAGGUUCUGUUGGAAUUUCUGCUGAACCUAAAGAUUCAAUGAAUGAUGGAAUCGUCCGGACGGAGAGAGGCCCUGACAAGGACAAAGGGGAAUCGGCUUUGAAUGGUAAAAUGCAAAAUGAUAGCCUUUCUGAUGAAACACGAGACCAUCCUUCCAAAAAGCAGAAGUUAAGUUCACAAUCUGAACCAUCUUUGAUGCACGAAGUUGAUGACCAAGAAGAUUCAAAAGCUGCAAGAAGUAGUGAAAACAGCAAAGCAAGGUCAGGAAGUAGUAAUUACCGGAAGCUGCCAGAUGUUGAAGAAGAAGAAGUUCAAGGGAGACAAGCUACAAGAAGAGGCGAUGUUAAGCGAGCAAUUGGUGGGGACGAGGUUAGUGGCAGAAGAAAAGUUCGUGAUGAUAGACAAGAAAAUGAAAGACAGCGUAGUGCGGUAAGAGGUAGGGAAGAUAUGUACCACCAAAAAGGAUGGGAUUCUCACUUGACACACGGUUCCCGAGUGAAAUCAGAGUCUGGUGACUUCCGUCGGGAUGUUGAUGAUACUGAGGGGGCUCAUCAAAGAAGAGAUGAGGAUAUCCAUGGAAGAAGAACCAGAGUUGAAGACACUAGGAAAAGGGAAUAUCGUGAAAAGAGUGGUGCUAGACAGCAAGGCAAGGCUCGAGAGAGUGAAAGGCAUGAAAAAGAUGAACGCCUAACAUUCAGAAAGCAAUUGGACAAUGGGAAUUGGAGGGGUAAUUUUGAUAAGGAUCCAGCAAUCAGGCCGAGAGACAGAGAUGAUGAUAUGUACAAUAAGAGAAGGAAAGAAGAAGCUCAUUUCUUUAAGGAACUUGCAGACAAAGAAGAAAGUUUACAUGCUCAUCGAGAAAGUAGUAGUCGUCGGAAGAGAGAGAGGGAUGAUGUGCCUGAUCAACGUAGAAGGGAUGACCAAGGGAAGACAAGGGAUGAUGAUGUACUUAGUGCUAGGCAUAAGGAACGGGAGGAAUGGUAUAGGCAUAAACAAAUGAAUCAAGAAAGUCAAGUAAAGAUGGAUAAAGAAGCAGCACGGGUGGGAAUCAGGAGUGGUCGAGCUGCAGAAGAGAAGGUACGGGAAAAUCAAUCAAGGGGAAAAGAUGAGCACAGACGUUCUAAAGAAUUGCACCCAAAGGAUGCAGUGCGACCUCAUGAGUUGCACAGUAGGAGGGAUCGAGCAGAAAAUGUGAAUCUUUCACAGCAGAGGGGUCGUGAGGAUUUUUAUCAUGGGAAUCCGCUUAAUCACGACGAGAGAAGAGCCAGGAUUGAGAGAGCAGUCACUCGUGAGGACCAUGUAUCUAAUGCCUCGGAUAAUUAUAAAGUGCAUGAGAAUAAAAACAGAGAUAUUCCAAGGAAGGGAAAGGAUUCUGAGGCCGUUGAUCGCAAGAAGCACCAAGAUGAUACUGCGCGUAUAGGAGACAUGGUAUGGCCUUUCUUGCACUAAAAUGGUACCCUUUUUUUUUUGGAAGGAACACUAAAUAGUAUAAUUAAUUUGGAAGAUAAGAGAUUCUUGAGUACUUUCUUGUUUCCCUUUUAUUGUGUUGAGAUUUCUUAAGGGUUUCUUUUUUCUUGAUGUGGUUCAUUCGACUUUCACUUUUUUGUUUCUGUGGGUCUGCUACAAUUUAGAGAGGAUAAGCUAAAAACUUUUAUGUUAUGGUUCUUUUGUCUUACACUUUUUUGUUGUUGUGGGUCUGCUACAAUUUAGAUAGGAUAAGCUAAAACCUUUAGAUUCUUGCCUUUAUAUACCAGCUUUUAACCUCUAGGAUUAGUAGGUAUCCCGUUGUCAUCUCGUGCUUUGUUCUAAAGAAGUUUCUUACUUAAUUAUUGAUCUUGAGGAGUUUUGUUGUGAAUGACUACAGCAGAUGUGAAGAUCCCAUAAUAGAGGCUUCAACAGAUGUAAUUGUCUUUAAACUUUCAAAUUGUGUCAAGGAUGAACAUGCGAUGUGUUUUAAGUUCGUUUAAUGGAUUUCUUCAUUCAUUGGUUUGCCUAUGGAAAAUUUCUCAGAACUACAGACAGACAAGCAUGCAAUAUAUAUCAUUAUCACUCUUUACUUCGUUUUUCUUUCCUUUUCUUUUCUUUUCUUUUAAAAAAAAAAAACUGUAUAUUUUUUGGGUGGAAUGCUUGGUAAACAUCCCUUGCACCUAGGCUGUACUCUAUUUGCGUCAUUACUGGAUUGUAUUUGGACCAAAAGAAGUUUCUUUUAUGCAAUUCGUUUGCGUUGGGUUUAUAAUAACAGUGUCUUGUUUCUGCCAUUUGUGAAGUACGCAUAACAUGCCUAUUAUUCUUUACUUUGCUUUUGCAAUUAGCUCCGUUUUGAAUUUGUCAUAAGAAUAUUCCUGCCCCGUAUCUUAGGCGAGACCAAAAGGUAGAGUUGAGAACUUCAGCAGUGAAAAUGAUAUCCAUGCGAAUAAUCCAAUUUCAAGAAAGCCAAGGGAUGAGGCUUCAUCAGAUGAUGAGUUGUCAGAAUCCAGGAGAGGUCGAUCCAAAUUAGAACGCUGGAACAGCCAUAAAGAGAGGGAUUUUGGUAUGAGUUCCAAGUCUUCAUCUUCCAUGAAGAUUAGGCAGAUGGAGUCAUACAACAGUAGUUCUGGGCCUUCUGUUGACAGCAGACUUAAUAAUGAAGCAUCUAAAACUGUGGAAGACAAGCAACAGCGUUCUGCUAACGAGAAAGAUGCUGGUGCUUUGGAGAUGAAUACCAGUGAAAAGAAACCUUUAGAAGACCGGCACUUGGACACUGUUGAAAAACUAAAGAAGCGAAGUGAACGUUUCAAACUUCCAAUGCCAAGUGAGAAAGAUGCUACAGCAAUAAAGAAGUCAGAAAAUGAGCAAUUGCCUCCUGCCCAAAAUGAAAAUCGAUCUGAUUUUGAGAUCAAGGCAGAGCGUCCAGCUCGCAAAAGAAGGUGGACCGGAAGUUAAGUGGGAUGAUAUGGCCAGCCGUGUGCAGGGACAGCUCUUCACUUCUUCAAAUAAACAUUUCAUUGCCCAGCAUCUCCAGAUAUAGAACCAUUAAUGGAAUGGUCUUCAUUGGCAAGUGAGAGCGGCACUUGAAUCAGGACUACUUGUGUCUUGAGCAGUGAUCUGGAUCAUGUAACAUGCUCCAGGUAGAGAUCCAUUAUAUGUCAUUUUAACAUUUAUGUUAUUCUUGUCUGACGUAUAUAUACAUCUGUACCAGUGAAUUUGACAUCACAGUGGGCCCUGGUUGUGGCUCUGUAACAGAUAGUUUUAUAGUGUUUGUAGUAAUAGUGUAUCUCAGUUAGAUCUUGCACUCUGGGAUCUAUGGCCUCAUACACGGUUGCUGACCAUGCCACGGACAGGAUCUAGUUUACAAAGCCGUGGAGCUUUAGAAGACAUGCUUCUGUAUUGUUGUUGGCGUUAUAAUAACCGAGUCUGAUGGCUUUGCAGCAACUCAGGGCCAAAGAAAAGCUCAUGUGAGAGAAAACCUCAUCUAGGGUGUGAUUCUAGAUUAGAUUUUUUUUCCUUUUCUCUUUAAUGUAUCCUGUAAUACUAGUUUAUCUUUCAUUAUUAUUUACCAAGGCAGCAACACGUAAAAUUUUGGUAGAAAACAAGUUGAGUCAAGACUCUCAGAGUUAUUUCUUCCUUCCCAAAAAA